AUGGGAAGCGGUGCAUCUGCAGAGGCAAAGUCGUCUGCGAUUCAACUGCUCGGCGACAAGCUGCUCAAAUCUGGAGGCCUUAAAGCCGAUGGUGCUGCGGCUGGAGGCGAAUCGGUCGACACGGCGAGUGUUUUCGAAGGCAAGAAGGCUGUUGGGCUCUACUUUUCGGCCCACUGGUGUCCUCCGUGCCGUAGCUUCACACCGAAGCUGGCGGAGGCAUAUAAGACCCAUCUAAAAGACAAGGGCCUUGAAAUUGUCUUCGUAUCCUCAGACAACAGUGAAGAAGAGUUCAACAGUUACUUGGGUGAAAUGCCAUGGCUCGCGCUGCCUUAUAGCGAGCGGACCAAGAAGGCCGACCUUUCCAAAAAGUUCAAGGUCAGUGGAAUUCCGACGUUCGUCAUCAUAAACGCGGAGAAUGGAGAAGUCAUCACGGCAGACGGGCGCAGCGCAGUCAUGUCAGAUCCGGAAGGCAAAAAGUUUCCGUGGAUACCGCCAACCUUUCAGGAGGCUUUGGGUGAUGAGUUGAUGGAUGGGGACGAGACUGUGGACAAGAAGAAGCUUGAAGGCAAGACGCUGGGCUUGUACUUUUCAGCGCACUGGUGUCCACCGUGCCGAGCGUUUACGCCACAGCUGGCAAAAUGGUAUGCGGGCAUUAAGUCAGAGCUCGGGGAUAAGUUCGAGAUUAUCUUCUGCAGUGGCGACCGGGAUGAGGCCUCUAUGAAGGAGUACUACAAAGAGAUGAGAGAAGCUGGGGGAAAGUGGCUUGCUCUGCCGUACCACAGAAAGGAUGAUCUGGAUCCACUUUUCGAAAUCCAGGGAAUUCCCACCUUCCUGAUCGUCAGCCCGGAAGGCAAAGUCAUCAACAAGAACGGGCGAUCGUUGACCAGUGCACCCGCCAGCGAGUUUCCCUGGCACCCUCCCGCCAUUGGAAGCCUUGAAGAUCCGACGGGCAUCAACGAGACACCAUGCAUGUGCCUCAUGCUCGAGAGUUGCGAGCCAGCUCUCCAAAAACGCAUCCUCGAAGCUGUCACCCCCAUCGCCGAGAAGUACGUCAAGAGCGGGGAAAUGUUGUUCUUUGCUUCAAAGUCACCCAGCAGCGUGUCCACGCAGAUUCGAGCACUUUGUGGGCUUGAGAGCGUGUCGCAGGUUUCGAAGGUGGAGAAGAGCGCCGAUCCUGCCGGGCCAAGCUUGGUGCGCACGCUUUCCUCCGACACGCCCACCUUGAUUCUCCUUGAUAUUCCAGACUCAGGCGGUUUCUACGUCGGGAAGAUGGCAAAGGAGCUGGACGGCAGUGGCGUUCAGGCCAUGAUCGAUGGCUGGAAGGGCAAAUCCCUAGAGAGGAAGCAGCUGUCAAAGCCCUAG